AUGAGAAAAAUGGCUCUCAAGGGGACACAAAAGAAAAUCAUACCAGUAGGGCGUAAAGUCGAGCGACGAGAGAAACGCCGUGAAGAAAAGGCAUUAGUUGCUGCCAAAUUGGAUAAGGCUAUUGAAAGUGAACUUCUUUCGCGGUUA